AUGGCCAGUCAGCCCCGGCAGACAGAUGUUCUUGGCAAGCCCAUCAGUGGCACCUUUAGCACUCAGGAUAAAGACCCCUCUCCUAGGCUGAUCCCACUCGGGUCCGGGGGCUGCGAGGUGCUGGAGGGGGCGCCCCGGCCCCCCGUUCCCGUCCCCCCAAGGGGUGGGUGGUCGCUCGCUGGAGCGAAGUUUCCAACCCUGGAUGCCUACGAAAAUGACGACGGCUCACCCGCGUGUGUUUUGCUGUCUCCCUUUUUCCUGCUCCCUGUCGCUUUCUCCCACUCCUUACUCCUCCGAAGGCCGAAAAGACAAGCGAAACCUGCUGCAGACGAAGGCUUUUGGGAUUGUAGCGUCUGCACCUUCAGAAACAGCGCCGAAGCCUUUAAAUGCAGCAUCUGCGAUGUGAGGAAAGGCACCUCCACCAGAAAACCUCGGAUAAAUUCUCAGCUCGUGGCACAACAAGUGGCCCAGCAGUAUGCUACUCCCCCACCGCCGAAAAAGGAGAAGAAAGAGAAGGUGGAAAAGCCAGACAAAGAGAAGCCGGAGAAAGAGAAGGAAAUCAGUCCUAGUGUUACCAAGAAAAACACCAACAAGAAAACAAAACCAAAGUCAGAUAUUCUGAAAGAUCCUCCGAGUGAAGCAAACAGUAUACAGUCUGCAAAUGCCACGACAAAGACCAGUGAAACGAAUCACACCUCAAGGCCCAGGCUGAAAAACGUUGACCGGAGCACCGCGCAGCAGUUGGCAGUAACUGUGGGCAACGUCACUGUCAUUAUCACAGACUUUAAGGAAAAGACUCGCUCCUCCUCGACAUCCUCCUCCACGGUGACCUCCAGUGCAGGCUCAGAACAGCAGAACCAGAGCAGCUCGGGGUCAGAGAGUACAGACAAGGGCUCCUCCCGCUCCUCAACGCCCAAGGGCGACAUGUCAGCAGUCAAUGACGAGUCUUUCUGAAAUUGCACAUGGAAUUGUGAAAACUAUGAAUCAGGGUAUGAAAUUCAAACCCUCCACUUGCCCAGGCUGCGUGCCCUCCCGGAGAUGCCUCUGCGGACACCAGCCUCUCACUGAUGCUGCCGGGAUGGUUUCUGCUGCCACGGGCAUCUGGCCAAGAAAUUCUGCGCCCUGACGAUUACUCUUGACACUUUUAUGUAUUCCAUUGUUUUAUAUGAUUUUCCUAACAAUCAUUUAUAAUUGGAUGUGCUCCUGAAUCUACUUUUUAUAUAAAAAAAAAGAAAAAAAAUCUGCUGUGCACAAUUUUCCAUGUACAUUACAACUGGUUUUUUGGAGUUUUUUUUUGUUGUUGUUGUUGUUCUGGUGGGGGGGUGGGGGCGGGAGAGGGAACUUUUAUUUAUUGUGUUCACAGACUUCAUCUUUUCAGCAUAUCCUUUUAAGUUUAGUUCUUCCUUCUAGUUAUACUAUGUACUAUCAGUUUUGAUAUAACUAUAUAUAAAUAUAAAUAUAAAAUUAUAUAUAAAGGGUUAUUUGAAACCAAUCCAUGGCAACGCUGGUGCUUGAUACACUGUGAAGUGAAUACAACUCUGAACAGUCACAGAUCUGGGACAGUCCCUUCUAUGAAAGUGCUGAAAUUGGAUUAAAAUCAGUUUUACAUGAAGUAUGUUUCAACCCACGUGGGAACUUGACCUCUCAUCUGUCUAAAGAGUACUGGACAAUAUAAAAAUUAUAUAUUUUUAAAACAAUGUGAUCUCAAAUUUAAAGACUGCUCCAGGUAGCCUGCAUUUGCAAUGGAAUAACUGACAAAUCCUGAGUGGUUUUGGGAGGGCUCUGAUCAUUCCAGCGUCACUGCGGCCAGCUCCAGAAUGCCAAGUUUUCAUGUAAAUUACGGUUACAUGUUAACGUCGCUGUUCGACAUACAUUCAUGAAAGUGUGGUGUUGUCACUUGAAUUCCAUCCAUUUUCCAGACUUCUCUCCAUGUCUGAUGUAACGCUAUAAAAUUAUCUCUUCGUUUUAGGAUUAAAAGAGUCUGAACUGUGUCUUUUUGGUCCACUCAGGAAGCAGUUCCUUGUUUCCACUUCCCAUGUGACAUUGCUGUGGUGAUUUUUGGUAAUUGAAAAUCUAUUUGCCUCUUGUCCCCUCUGCCUCACUCCUCACCCUACCAAUUCAGUUGUGAGAACUACGUCCCUUUCUCUCUUAAAAUUGACUAUUGUUUGCUUCACUAAAGAAAGGUUAUCCACCACACAGCCACUGCUGGCUUGGAGGCAUGCCUCAAUUCCCUGCUGUGGGAAGAACUCAAAUUGUGAAUGGCUUUAGCGCCAUCAGCAACCAGAUUCACGGAAUGUAUGUGCUGAUGGCGAGUGUGUGAUCUCUUCCUUGACAUAAAGAUAAUUUGACUAAAUUCUAAAGUUUCUUUUUAUUGUGAUUUUUUUCACCGUCUUGCAAAAAACAAAGACCACUGACAGGAAUGCACACCUCCCAAUUUUACAUUUCUCUUGUUCUGGAUGGGGGUGGGGUGGGGCCCCCCCUGGAUAGCUUGCUCUCUCUUUCGCCACUUGUCCAUUCUUACUCACCAAAUUCACAGUACUUGAGAGUCAUUUGACACGUGGGAACUCUGCUCACAUUCUUCAUCUGACAUCCUCCAGUAGGGUAGCUAUCAUUUAAGCACCACAUUUUCAUCUUUCAAAAACCGGUUUGGGUAUGAAUAUAGAAGUAACUUGUCUGUGGAGGCAACACAUUUUUAAGAAAAAAUUAACAGCUGGAUUUGAGUAGCCGACAGGAAAUGUUCCUUUCACAUUUACAUUAAAACUACCCUGUAGUCACUGGUGUACCAUUGUUCAAAUUAUGUUCUUAAAAAGGUAUCGAUUACAAAGCAGUGUCAUUUGUUGCUGUGAUCCUAUUCUCAAACGCAUGGACAAUGUUCCCUUCUUUUUAAAAGAAUACUUGUAUCUGGAUGCAAGUGGUCCUCUUUUUUAAAUACAUUUUUAAAGUAUUUAUUAAUGAACCAAAGGAAAUCAGAUGCUUUCCAUAGGCAUCAAAAUAUAUAGUGAUUUGACUAUGAAUUUUAAAUCCACAUUUUAAUAUUAGUGGGAUAUUGCAAAGACAUUCCUUAUAACGUUUUAAUAUUCCUUUUAUUAAGGGUCUCAGGGAGGGUGUAAAUUAGCCAGCCAUAUUUAUUUUCCAGAGGUAUAAGGACAAUGUUUUUUAAUUAACGUUUUAAAAAAUUCAAAUGCCACCAAACUCACAUGGGUCGCACUGCUUUUUGAACCAUAAGUGUUGAUCUGCACUUUGUUCACAAACACUGUUAUUCUUGCAAAAUUAGUUUCAUGUAAAGUGAUUGGACCACCGUAUUAGUGGGAAAAGCUGAUAAACCAGCUACUCAUAGGCUGCUAAUUCAUUGUCAGUGUCUUGGUUUUUCAGUUUUGCCUCCAUGAUAAAUUCAAAGUAAAUGGAAAGUGGGGGAGGGGUGCUGGAAGGGAACUGGGCUUGAACCAGGUGGAAGGAAACUUCCAUUGGGGAGGAACUGCAGCAAGUAGCCGGGACCCAUCUGAGACAAUGGGGCUGGUCCUUUGGCGGCCGUUCUGCAUUCUGUCAUGGCAGCCAGGUGGCAGGUGCCUAGCCCCUCAGUUUCUGAAAUGGAUGACAUCCCUCAGGCACAUAUUUUGGAAAUGGAAUUCCUGUCACUUUAUGCAUUUGCAGUUUGCCCUACAAGUAGUAGGCAGCACGUCAAAACACUAGUAUAGAUUUUAAAGAUUUCUAUUAAAGAGAGGACCAGAAAUACUUGGUAUUCAGUGGCACAGAAAGCAGGUUCAGAAACACGCAAAAGCACAGUGUUAGGCUUGCAAGGCUCCCUUUGUUGAAUGCCACAGGAUCUUCGCGCCUGUGUGCGUGCGCAAAGCAGAGCUUACCGGACUUGCUCUGCCUGAGUCUUGCAGUUAAAAAAUGGGUAAGGGCAUCUUGACACCCACAAAUAACGUUAAUCAAAACCUUUCCGUUUAAAUUUGGAAUUUAAAAACAUGGGCAGAAGCUUCUAUGAGUUUAGUUCCACUAAGAUGUUUCACCUGCCUUAUCAAAGACCAUUCUCCGUCUACUUUUUUUAAGCUACCGUAUCUUAAAUUAUUGAAAAUUUAUUAAUUGCUGAAUAUAUAAUCUUUGCUUGUAUGUAACCGGGGGGGAAAAGUGGUUUGAAGAGCCAACAUUUAGAGUAAGACAAUGGAGCUGAACAGUUUUUAAUGCGCAAGCCGUUCUGUUCUUGUGUAUGACUUGUAACCUUAAUUUACUGUGUAAAGAUGGUUACAUUAUUUCCUUAGCUUUGUUUGUUGGAGACAAAUAGAGAAUGCUUGUUAAGUAUGUCAAAACAUAAUCUUGUGAAUUUUUGUUAAUGUAUUAUACGAGCUAUAUUUUUCAUUUGCCCAGAAAGACAGCUUGUAUAACGCUCUGGAAGUUUCUGCUCUGUACCGUCUUUAGAGCUGACAGUCUGUUAGGUUUGUUUUUUUCUUCAUGCUAAAGUGUCAGUGGUUUUGUGAACUGGUCAGAAAUUCACAGGUCUUAAAUGUUUUGGGGAAAUUUAUAUUGGACACUGCUCUUUGUCUAGCAAAUAAAAGAUGUUAAUAUAUUCCUGUUACUGGCAUGUGCACGACUAUGUUAGAAGCCACUUUAUCAUUUUCCUGCUUUAAAUAGAAAUGUCUAUUUAUGAAUUCUGCUUGUAGUUUUUUCACAAAUAAAAUAGUAAAAUUUA